AUGGUUUUCAAGGCCUCGUUCAGUAUUGCCUGCGAAACGUCUCUUUUCGGUACUAGCGAAUCGUCUAUUUUCGGCAUUGAUGAUGGGCCGCCAAUGUCGGGAAUAGACAAUUGGAGACCGGUUACUCCGCCGGCAGUAGGGAUAAAUACGAAGAAAUUAUUUCACAAGGCUGAUUCUCGAGAAUAUUAUUUACAAUAUUAUUUACAAAUCUGUUCUCGAGAUGUUUGCCCAUCUGAAUUUGAGACUACAGUUGAGAAGAACAUUGAUGAACUGGAAGCUGAGGAAGGUGAAGCAUUUAGAGUUGAGAAUGUUGAAAGUGUUGAAAGUGAAGAUAAUAUUGUAGUUGAUGACUCCCGCUGUGACAAUGUUGGUUUUCAAAACAAGGAUGAUGAAAAAUUUGAGAAUGACACAACAAUAGGAGGUUUUGAAGAUGUCCAAGAUUUAAAUGCGACCUUGGACAAACUUACAGUGCUCACAUUGAAGCGAGCUACAGAGGAAUCUAUUUCAAACUUCACUGACCAUUUGGAUACUCCAGUGCAACUCAAAGAAGACGAGCAUAACGUGGAUGACCUAAGUAUAUAUGGUUCAGAGGAUGAAGAUGAAGAGUUAAAAGGAGAGGACGAACGAGAAGAAGAAGAGGAGGACGAAGAAAUUGGCUGCUUCCGAAAUAAAAAAAUUAUACAUGUUUAUUAG